AUGCGGCGGGCGGGGCGGCUGGGGGGCGUCGCGGCGCUGCGGCUGCUGCUGGCGGCUCACGCGGUGGCGGCGUUCGACCCCAUCAGCGCGAGCCUCGUCAUCGGCGCGGCGUCGGCGCUCACCGGCUACCUGUCCUACAAGGAGGUGUACUGCCGCUUCGCCGAGUGCUGCCGCGAGGAGCAGCCGCUCAACGCGUCGGCCCUCAAGUUGGAUCUGGAGGAGAGGCUGUUUGGGCAGCAUCUGGCCACAGAGGUGAUCCUCAAGGCGCUGACUGGCUUCCGGAACAACAAAAAUCCCAAGAAACCACUGACUCUUUCCUUGCACGGCUGGGCUGGCACGGGAAAGAAUUUUGUCAGCCAGAUUGUGGCUGAGAAUCUUCACUCAAAAGGCCUGAAGAGUAAAUUUGUCCACCUGUUUGUAUCGACUCUGCACUUCCCUCACCAGCAGCAGAUAAAACUGUACCAGGACCAGUUACAGAAGUGGAUUCGGGGUAACGUGAGUGCGUGUGCGAGCUCCCUGUUCAUAUUUGACGAGAUGGAUAAAUUGCACCCCGGGAUCAUCGAUGCAAUCAAGCCGUUUCUAGACUACUACGAGCAGGUUGAUGGCGUGUCUUACCGGAAAGCCAUCUUCAUCUUUCUCAGCAACGCAGGUGGGGACCUCAUCACUAAGACGGCCCUCGACUUUUGGCGUGCAGGAAGAAAGAGGGAAGAGAUUCAGCUGAAGGACCUGGAGCCUGUACUAUCUGUAGGAGUCUUCAAUAAUAAACAUAGUGGCCUGUGGCACAGCGGUCUGAUAGACAGAAACCUCAUCGAUUACUUUAUCCCCUUCCUGCCCCUGGAGUACGGACACGUGAAGAUGUGUGUGAGGGCAGAGAUGAGAGCCCGCGGUUCUGCCAUAGAUGAAGACAUUGUCACCAGGGUGGCAGAGGAAAUGACGUUUUUCCCCAAAGACGAGAAAAUCUACUCAGACAAGGGCUGCAAGACCGUGCAGUCACGGCUGGAUUUUUACUGAGCUCUUACCCAGGCAGGGUAAGAGGCAGCUGGGAGCUUAGCACGCCAGCAGCCUUGCUUUUCGGAAGCACUUUGAAGACCUCUUCAGGUCUUGCACAUUUGCACCUGUGGACUUUUGGGAUCUAGAAGUUUCUGAGUUGAUGUUUGAAAAGAUGCUAAUCUGUUGAGUACACCUGUAUUUUGCAACAUGGCAGCGAUCCGACUGUUAACUGCAGUGGAAGAUGAACUUGAAAAUCCCCCCACACUUACUGACCUUGACAGAAGUGCCUUGAAAACAGCCGUGGCGGGGAGCCCCACGACUGUUCCUGACCCCCGGGGACCCACACCUCAAGCUGCUGGUACAGCUGCAGGAGUUCCAGGGCCCUGCUGCAGGCCGGGGAGCAUUCGGUUUUUACCUGCUGAAAACCUUCUGCUCUCUUUUUCCUUACACAUAGAGUGUUCCCUGACUGGAAGUAUUUUCAGUUAAAACCAGUACUGUCAGGCACAGACAGUGUCCCGUGGGAACGUGGGCCUGCACGCUGAGCACUCCUAACCAGCCAACUGUCUGCGUGUGGGGUGGGGGCUCCGUCCGAGGCCUCCUCAGGGGACCAGGACACACGGGGCCUCUCAGUCUGUCCAUCACUCUGGCUGUGAUGACAGCCCUGGUCGUGGAGUUCCUUCGCUCAUCUCUCUCUCCAUAUCGAUGCAGCUUCCUUGUACCUCUUCUACUCCUGAACUUCAGUCACCACCCGAUUUCCCCCCUACCAUGCCAUCACUAGAGUCGAGUCAGCAUGAGACUGUUGGCUUUGAAUUUGAGUCCUUGGUUCCCAUGGUGCAAUGUUUGUCUGUUUUAGUUUAUACAGGAGUCAGCCUCUCACUUGACUCCACAGAACCGUCUGAAAUCCGUGGGGUGUGCUCAUUCUCCACGGAUGAUGCGUGCCCAGAAGGACUGGUCAGCUUGCAGAUUCUGCAUUGCCAAAAAAGUGGAAGUACUGGGGCCGGCCCCGUGGCUUAGCGGUAACGUGCGCGCGCUCCGCUACUGGCGGCCUGGGUUCGGAACCCGGGUGCGCACCGACGCACCGCUUCUCCAGCCAUGCUGUGGUGGCGUCCCACAUACAGCAACUAGAAGGAUGUGCAGCUAUGACAUACAACUAUCUACUGGGGCUUUGGGGAAAAAAAAAGGAGGAGAAUUGGCAAUAGAUGUUAGCUCAGAGCCAGUCUUCCUCAGCAAAAAGAGGAGGAUUAGCACGGAUGUUAGCUCAGGGCUCAUCUUCCUCACAAAAAAAAUUAAAAAAUAAAAUAAAAAUUUAAAAAGUGGAAGUAUUGUACACUAGAAAUGCUCAAGUUUUCAAGGAUAUGUAUUUUUUUUAUAAUGUUUUUACUUCUGAAUCUUAGAUAAUAGAAAUAUAGGAUGUUGCUUAUUUUAAAACAUGGGAAGGACACAAAAUGGAAUAAUUGCCUAUUCCUUUAUCAGGUACUCUUAAAACAAAUGGUCUGAAUUUUUAUAGUUAAAAGCAUGGUAAAUUAUGGUCACAAUUGUAGAUCACACAAGGUCAUUCUGAAGUUGUGGCUGGUCCUGGGUGUCAUCUGAGAAUGACACCCUAUGUGGCCGUGCCCGGCUGGACUGCCCUGGUCAUUGGAAAAUAUGACUUAGAUUCCAGCCAGCGUGAAUGGUUCUGCGUCGAUCUCAUAGUUGCAAUGCAGCUGCAGACAUGUAAUGAGAACAACGUGCGGCCUUUUUUGUACAGUCAUACGCCACUGAACGACAUUCCAGUCAACGCAAGACCGCAUAUACGACAGUCAUCAUAAGAUGAGUACCGUAAGCCUAGGGGUGUAGUAGGCUGUACCAUCUAGGUUUGUGUAAGGUCACUCCAUGAUGUUCACACAAGGACAAAAUCGCCUGUGACACAUUUCUCAGAACGUGUCCCCGUCGUUAAGUGACACAUGACUGUAUGAGAUGUGGUGGAAUAAAUAGUUUUAUGAUAUGGGAGCGCCUCAUAGAGGAUCACACUUAGUCUUUAAAAAUAAAAAAUGCCAAGAUGAGGCUUAAAAUUUUUAGUACGUAUCCUCAAAUUGGAGCUAAGUUCCAUUUCUUUUAUAACCCUUUGGGUGUGUGGUCAGGAGGAGACCACCUUUUCUCUGUUUACAAUGAUGCAAUAAACUCAACACGAGCUGGUCACCUUUGGACCUCUGUUACUAAUUUGUAACUUGAAAAGGCCACGGUUGACCAUGGCCCAGCCUCCCCCACCCCAUGAAAGAUGUAGGCAAGAGUUUGAAUUGACCUACUGAAUAUAAAAUAAUAAAGCGUAAAGUUUAUCAUG